CUCACUUGAAUAACAUUCUUUUCCUUGCUAUAAAUGAAGGCCACAAGCCCAAGCAGGAUCAGACCAGCAGAACCACAAGCAACACACACGGGAAUGUCUACUCCCACAGAACAGGACGGCACAUUCCCAUGCGAAGAAUAGAGUUUCUGCCAGUCAUCAGUUCUACUAGUCCCCCGCUAUGGAGAACAAGGAAAUGCGUUGUCGCGAUGUGGCGUACACCAUUAAUCGCUCCGUGCUUUAUGAGCAAGAAUUAGGAGGACCGGCACCCAACCCCCCCAGUACAGUACGUUCUUUUGUUGGUGCAGCAAAAAGGAAGUUUAGAUGUUCAGCAUCUGCAGCUAAGCAAACACUCUUUCAGUUCAUUCCUAUUCUCCACUGGUUGCCUCGUUACCCUGUAAAGGAAUGGCUUCUGGGCGAUAUUGUGUCUGGUGUCAGUGUGGGGAUUCUCCAGCUCCCACAAGGUUUGGCGUAUGCAUUACUGGCUGGAGUGCCCCCGGUGUUUGGAUUGUAUUCAUCUUUUUUCCCAGUCAUGGUCUACUCCAUCUUUGGGACAUCCAGGCACGUAUCUAUAGGAAGCUUUGCAGUUGUCUCUAUCAUGAUUGGCAGUGUGACUGAGUCCUUGGUGCCCAAUGAUAACUUUAUCCUGCCCGGGAAUGACAGCCUACUUGUUGAUACAGUUGCAAGAGAUAAAGCCAGGGUUGAAGUUGUGGCAGCCAUGACUUUACUGGUGGGUCUGUUCCAGAUAAUUCUAGGGCUGGUACAGUUUGGGUUUGUGGUUACUUAUCUAUCGAAGCCAUUGGUCCGCGGGUAUACCACUGCAGCCACAAUCCACGUCACUGUGUCCCAACUAAAACACAUUUUUGGACUCCCCCUCAGUGAAAAGUCUCAGCCUCUGUCCCUGAUUUAUUCUCUAGUCAGUCUGUUCCGUAGGAUCCAAAGGACAAAUAUUGGCACCCUGGUUAUCGGCCUUGUUUGCCUAACGUGCCUCUUUGCAGUUAAGGAAGUCAACCAAAGACUGCGAGGGAAACUUCCGAUGCCUAUCCCUAUUGAGCUGAUUGUGCUAGUAAUCUCUACUGGGAUAUCAUAUGGUAUAAACCUGCAUGAAAAGUAUGGGGUUGACAUUGUGGGUGACAUUCCUACAGGGGUUUUAUCCACUACAAGGUUGGUUACACCCAUAGUGCCCAAGGCAGAAUUGUUUGUGGAAGUUGUAGGCAAUGCAUUUGCUAUAGCUGUAGUUGGCUAUACCAUCACCAUUUCCUUGGCCAAAAUGUUUGCUAUGAAGCAUGGCUACAAAGUGGAUAGUAACCAGGAGUUGAUUGCACUUGGAUUUAGUAACCUUGUGGGGAGCUUUUUCCAUUGUUUUGCUGUCACUGCAUCCAUGUCUAGGACCCUUGUCCAGGAGAGCACGGGAGGAAACACCCAGGUUGCCAGCACAGUUUCUGCUCUAAUUAUCCUUGUAAUUAUCCUGAAAGCAGGGGAACUGUUUACAUGCCUACCUAGGGCCAUAUUAUCAGGGAUCGUUAUUGCCAAUCUGAAAGGAAUGUACAAGCAGUUUAUGGAUAUACCCAUCCUAUGGCAAACCAACAAAUUUGAUCUUCUAAUAUGGCUAGUGACCUUCCUGUCAACAAUUUGCCUCAACAUGGACAUUGGGCUGGCUGUGUCGGUUGUGUUUGGCCUGUUCACAGUCACUUUCAGGAGCCAACUACCCCAUUACUCCAUUCUGGGACAAGUUUAUGAAACAGACCUCUACAGGGAUGCUGAAGAAAAUUCCAUGGCCAAAGAAAUCUCAGGCAUAAAGAUUUUCCACUGGAACGCGGCAAUUUAUUUUGCUAAUGCCGAGCUGUACAGCAAAGCUCUCAAAGCUAAGAUGGGUGUCAAUGUUGACAGGCUAAUUGAGAAGAAGAAGAAGGCAGCUAUGAAGAGGAAAAAAGGAUUACAAAAAGUAAUCCGUCUGGCUAAAAACAUUCUGGCCAAAACUCAGAUGGGUACCGGGCUGGAGUUUCUAACAAACAAAGAUGGAAUGCUGGGAAGUCUUAGUACUCUGUCGGAGACAAUACCGAAUGCUCCUACCCUGUGUUCCCUGGGCCUGGAGAAACUAGAAUUCCACUCCCUGAUCUUGGACUUCUCUGCUGUUAGUUUCAUUGAUACCGUUGGAGUAAAAGUGCUAAAAAAUAUUUUUGAAGAGGUUCGUGAGAUUGAAGUGGAUGUAUAUCUUGCCAGCUGCCCCACUUCAGUUCUCAGGCAGCUGGAAUACAGUCACUUCUUUAAAGGAUCCGUCAGCCAGGCGUCAGUAUUUGCUUCAGUCCACGAUGCAGUUUCCUAUCUCUCCUAUGGAAUCAGCGAAUCCAGCUCUGUCCAAGAAAUUACAGAAAUCUAAUGUGAUCUGCCUGGCAUUAGCACAACUGAACCUGACUGUCCCAUUUAUUUUUAAUACUAGCAUUACUUACAUUCACAGUAAUCCUGAAAUCUUAAAGGAGACACGCAGCUUUUCUGAAACUCCCUCCAAAAUCUCUAUAAUGAUACAUUAGUGAUUCCACCCAAAAACCUUAGACAAUGGGCCCACUCUCAGUACUAUUAUUUUUCCUCUUCUCACUCUACCAUUAUUCCCUAGUCUCUUUUCUUUACAUACUAUAAAAUCUAUCAUUCCAUCUAUUCAACCUCUUUUUCCCAUAAACAAAUAGGCAAUGACCAUGAAAUAGGCCAAAAGAUUAGAAGCAAGAGGCCCACUGACACCUGGGCCCACCGAGAGUUUUUCUGGUAUCCCAGUGGCCCAAUCUGACAUUGCUGUUUUCUAACCUUGUCAAAUUAACACUGUCAGGUUGGCAAAACAGUCAGGUUUAGGAACUUCAAGUGACAAUUACUUACGAAAGCAGAACUAUCAGCAAAAAUUUAACUUUUAAUGUAAAGUAAUAUUUUGAAAAGAAGAUUUUUAGUGUCAUUAAUACUUUAAUACUAUGCUAGGAGCUGUAGCCCAACAACAUUAAGGGUGGUGGCAGGUGAGGAGAUUAGUCACCUAGCGAUAUUCUCUAGUGAGGGCGACUAAUCUCCUCAAAUGCCUUCCCGUCUGCAAGAAUACGAAUAACAGGCGGGAUGGCAUACGAAUCGCUUCAUACAAUUAGUAUUCUUGCCGGCGGGAAGGCAUUUCGUCCACAGUAGAGAAGAUUUGUCGCUGGGCCACUCCCCGUGUACCACCACCCUAAAGUAGAGCACACUGCUUUGGAAGGUUUAUAUACCCUUUGAUUCAUUUUAUCACUUGGCCCAAAUGAUCCUUGUUCCUCGAUUUUCAUUGGACAAUGAGCUAAAUGUAUUCUGGAUUAAAUGUCUUGCAGUAGUGAAAUAUUCCGUCAAAUAAAAGUGUUUUUUUGUUUUGUUUUGA